CUCGAGUCCAUUCACCUUCACAACCACCAACCCCAGAACAAACGCGCCCGCUCAUUGGGCACCCGGCACACAGCUGCUGCCUUCCAUCCUUCCUGACUCAUCCACGAAGAAGGCCAGAGUGUCCUGCCGCCAUGGCCGAGGCCGUUGUAUACAUCUAUUGAGUGCAAAUUCAUCUUCCCCCAAUACGCACACUCCACGCCACAACCAGCACCACACAUCUUGACUCUCGAUACCAUCAAUCCAAGAUGUCGAACACAACACACAUCAAGUUCGAGCAUUCGCCAACUGACAGCCUGGCUGACAGCUUUGUCUCAACUCCAGGCACCAUCUACCCGCCACUCUUCAACGACGCCAUGGAUCCGGCCGAAGCCAUGACCCCUCAGUCACACUAUGACGAGGACAGCAUGUUCGGAGGCUCUAUGAAUGGAGAAAGCAGCAUGGCUGGCACCCCGGCACCCGAGAAGAAGCCUGUUAAGAAGAGGAAGUCUUGGGGCCAACAACUCCCAGAGCCAAAGACCAACCUUCCACCGAGGAAACGCGCAAAGACUGAAGACGAGAAGGAGCAACGACGCGUGGAACGGGUCCUCCGCAACCGUCGUGCAGCUCAAUCAUCGCGAGAGCGCAAGCGACAAGAAGUCGAGGCCCUCGAGAGCGAGAAGCGUGCCAUCGAACGACGAAACGCUGAUCUCGAGAUGCGCUUGGCCGACAUGCAAGCAAAGAACGAACUCCUCAUGCGUGAGCUUGAGCAAUUUACCGGUGGCAUGACUGUCUUUCGGUCCUCGUCAAUCGCUUCUACACCAGCACAAGCAGAACUCCGCUCCGCACCAACCCCAGUCACCUUCUCCCAAGAACUCUUCGGCUCCCGAGACGCCCAAGAACGACCUAUCAGCAACCAAUCCAUCAUCAAAGCUGAGCCAGCACAAACCGUAAACCCCGCCUCCCUCUCCCCGGAGAUCCGCCCUAUUGUCGAGUCCGCCAGCGCCAGUUCUUCCGAUAUGACACAACAUCCUGCCGCGAUGUUGUGCGACCUGCAGUGUCAGUCGGAAGAACAACGGCCCUGGAUGGAUUCAAUGACAGCCACAACUUCAGCCAUCUCUCAAAUCUUGGCAAUCAACCUCUUCAUCAAUAUGACUUCGGCGGCUAUUUCGACGCUCCUGACCCCACUGCGUCAGAUCGUCACUUCUUUGAGAAUGGGAUCGCCCCUAUCGCCGACCAAUUCGAUCUUAACUACGAUCAUUUGGUUAGCCACGACGACGGCGGCAUUGACGACUUCGACCUCGAUGACUUCCUCCACCACGACGACCAGCCUGCGCCCGAGAUUCACUCUUCGGAUUCGCUUGCUGAGACGACUGCUAACCUGCAGCCCCAACUUGGCGCGUCCUCUUUUGGAUGCGACGAUGGUGGCAAUGCGGUUAGCGUCUGAACAGCAGCUCCAAGACUGUCUUUCUAACGCAGAUGCGGGUCAUUAUGGAGGAUCGAAUUCACCGAGCGUGGAAGUCCUCAUGACGUUACUAUGGGCCAUCACCGUUAUAGAGAAGGAACGAGUAGAGAGACAGGAGACCCCAAAGCUGGACGCAGCUGCGGAAGUCAGACAGUCAGAGCUGGAAGAACUGUUCAGACCUAGAGAGAUUAGGGGAGACAGGAGGGGAUUUUCUUUUGUACCGCAUGGAAGGGAAGCCGGAGCGUUGGGCCAAAAGUCUCUGGAGGGUUGGCGUUUGGGUGAUCAUCCUUGAAAUUAGCGUCGGUCAUAUAUUGCCCUUGUACACCAGAUGUAACUUGUGACAAUAAAACUUGUUGGAGUAAUUGCUAUUCCUAUGCUGUGCCUCGGAAGUG